AUGCAAAAAAUUGAUAGCGAACAUCAGAAAAUUAAACAAGCCGCUGUUAAGACUUUACAUCAAAAUUCUAUAUUAGCGAUGCAUGUGAUUGCAAGUGGUGAGUCACCUGCUAGAACUAGGUUACGGAGGUUACGUGAUUUAACAACCUUAAUAUGA